CGCGCGGCGGAGGGCGGCUCGUCCUCCGGGAAGUUUCCGGGGUCCCCGGCAAGGGCGGGUUCGGACGGCCCCCCGAGGCGAGGCGAGGCGGAGCAGAGCGCGGAGGGCAGAGGGGCCGCCGUGCGCCCCAGAGCCGUGGGCGCUCAUGGCAGGCGGGGGAGCCGGAGACCCCAGUCGUGGGGCGGCCGCCUCCGGAGUGCCCGAGACCCGCGAGCACCUCUUCAAGGUGCUGGUUAUCGGCGAGCUUGGCGUCGGCAAGACCAGCAUCAUCAAGCGCUAUGUCCAUCAACUCUUCUCCCAGCACUACCGAGCCACCAUCGGGGUGGAUUUCGCGCUCAAAGUCCUCAACUGGGAUAGCAGGACGCUGGUGCGCCUGCAGCUGUGGGAUAUUGCUGGGCAGGAGCGGUUUGGCAACAUGACCCGAGUGUACUACAAGGAAGCUGUGGGUGCGUUUGUAGUCUUUGAUAUAUCAAGAAGUUCCACAUUUGAGGCAGUCUUAAAGUGGAAAAGUGAUCUGGAUAGCAAAGUUCACCUUCCCAAUGGCAACCCUAUCCCCGCUGUGCUCCUAGCUAACAAAUGUGACCAGAAAAGGGAUGGUGGCCAGAAUCUCUCCCAGAUGGACCAAUUCUGCAAACAACAUGGCUUCACUGGAUGGUUUGAAACUUCUGCAAAGGACAACGUAAACAUAGAUGAAGCCUCCCGAUUCCUAGUGGAGAAUAUUCUUGCAAACCACCAAAGCUUCCCUAAUGAAGAACAUGAUGCGGGCAAAAUUAAACUGGAUCAGGAGACCUUGAGAGCAGAGAGCAAAUCUCACUGUUGCUGACACAGUCUGUAUCUCUGGUGCCUGCCUGGCUUGAGUGAGUUCCAUAAAAUGGAGCAUGGAAGAUGCCCUGGACGCGGCCUCUUCCCACAAGUGCCCCUCUCUACGGCAGCAUCAUUUCCCUAUGUGAAAAUGGGAUCUGUGGGGAAGUGUCCUGGAGGCGCUGCAACCUGCAAAGAGUGACUUGGGCUGCUAGAUGCUGUUGCCAUCAGAUUGAGGACAAUGUUUACAACUUUUCACACAGCCUCUAUGGGGCCAUUCCUGGGGCUAUGAUGGAAUUCCAAGUAGAUUUUUAGGGUGAGUGUUGUGGUGGUAAUUCAUUUUUACCUGCAGUGUUACGGGCAUUCUGAGUCUGUAUUUACGCCCUUGGCCCCUGCUCACUUCACAGUGAGGUUUUUAGACUAUGUCAGUCACAAAGCCUGGGCAUUCCCUUUUAGUUCUUCUAUUCAGAAGAUUUAUGCUUCAUGUAAAAUUGUUAUCGUUAAAUACUAAAAUCCCAAUGCAGUCACGGCUGGUUUGGCAUGUGGUCACUCCCCUUAAACACACCAAAGCACCCUUCCCAAUUACUCAGUUAUGGGUAGCACCUUGGAUCCUGUUGCUAACUCUUGGAAACAUUAAGCAACAUUUGGCAUUUUCUGUUAUCUCCUUCCUGGGCUCGGAUUUGUAUCUGAGGGCUUAAUUGACGUUGCUGCUGCCCCAGUUCUCUCUCAAAUCUGUAAUCAUCUUGGUCAAGACAUGAAUGUUUUCAAAGCACAUACACAUAAACCCAGCUUACACUUUAUGGGCUGUGAAAGAAACUACGUCAUCCAUGCUGCUCAGACUCUUGAAAUAUCCCUAAGAAACUGCAGGUGAAUUCAGAGUAUCUGUACUAUCGCCUCAAUGCAGGAAAGGAUACAUUUUUUGACUGAAGCCUUCAUUUUGAAUUAGCAUAAUUCUAGAAAGACAACCUGUUGUAUACCUUUUUGUGUCAGAAAAUUUUGUGUUUGCUUAUCACUUUAGUCAUUUAUGAGUCUUGAUUUUCUGUGCAAGAUUCUAUUUCCCUCAAUGGGACACUAAGGGGUUUUAUGACAUAACCCAAAGCUAAGGAAGCAUAAAAUAUUUACAUCAAACAUAUCCAUGAAGUGAAUUUGGAUUUUAAAGAUCUUUGAAGUUAAUGAGAGCAGAAAAAAACGCUAGCAUAAAAAUGUGUUCGUUUGGAAAAAUGUGUUGUGGGAAUAAACAUUGUCAUGCACUAUAAAACAUAACAGUCUUCUCAUCAGAGUUACUUCUUGAUCUGAUAUCAUAGAUAAGAUUAGGUUCCAUUUCUGAAUAAACACUGACAUUUUGGGCCAUGUAUGAGGGUAUUUCUCAAAGUCUAUAAAAAUAAUAUUUAAAUAAUAAGUUUAUUUUGGAGUAAAAAUUAUAUUCAUGAAGGUAAUAGGAUUUGCAAAAAAUAUUAAUGAAAGUGACCAUUAUGAUGAAUUUUCCAUUUUGUACCAAAAUAAAUUUAUCUUCAAAUUUCAUGUCUUGUGAAGUUUUUAAAUAUCCUUGUUUUCUACAUGAACUACAAUUUCAGGAGCGCAUAUGUUAAGUGAUGAUUAAUAUUUAAUUAGAUUAACAUUUGAUAAG